AUGCCAACACUUGGAUUGGCAGGUGGCACGUCACCCAGCCUUGGCCGGGCAAUCGUGACCGCGCUGUUUUCUGCUCCACAUGGGCCGCAAUGGAAGAUAGUUAUCCUCUCCCGCUCUCGUCAUCGCCCACUCUGGCUUCGUGCCGUCGACCCAGAAGAGCUGCGCGUCCAGAUUCGCACUGCUGACUACCUCUCUGUGGAAUCGGUUGCCGGCGCGCUGAAGGGCGUGGACACACUUAUUUCAGUAACAUCCGCGCUAGAUGGGUCCCAGCGACAAGUCCAGCUAAAUUUACUCCACGCAGCGGUUAAAGCUGGCUGUGCACGCUUUGCGCCAUCACAAUGGGGAUUUGGGCCGACCGGACUGGAAGCAGUCAGCGCCACAAAAGGAGCAGUUGAAGGCGUGUGGGAAGAAUGCAUGAGAUUCCAAGAUAAAAUCGAAUGCACCAGGUUUAACCACGGCUCGUUCAUGAAUUAUUUGGGACAUGGAAUUUUUCCUAACCCUGAGCCACGGCUGCCGGAGGACGAGCAACUUAUCAGGCUGCAGGAAGGUGGCGGAUAUGCAAAAGGUGAAGAUGAGGCAUGUCAGGGCCUUCACCGGCAAGGAGAUAUGAAGGAUGGCUCCGGGGCAUUUCUCAUAUCGCUCAAGAAUGGCAUCGCUGAAUUACCUCAGAGGGACGACGGCAAAUGGCCCCGGAUUACCUUGACUACGAUGAGGGAUGUGGGUCGCUUCGUCGCAUAUUCUUUAGAGCUUCCCAGGUGGGAACCCAGCAUGACCAUGGUUGGUGAAACUCUCACCAUGGGUGAACUUCUUGCACAUGCGGAGGCGGUAGCGAAACGCAAGCUUGAUGUGACGGUUGUGAAUUCGAAGGACCUUGAAAGAAAGCUGAAAAAUGUCUCUUCUGAUGAUUUUAUGGCUUGGCUAUGGGCUGAACUUAAACUCGCAUACUGCAGAGACCGGCUAGACGAAGGGUACCUGGAACCAGUUGUUAAUAGGCUGUGCCCAGAGGUGAAACCUACGUCGGUGAAGGAGUACUUGCAGAGCCACUGGAUGGAUGCGGAUUAA